GGUUGUGCUUUUUGCCGUUGAACCCAUAUUCAAACAAGGGUUUCUCGUCGACUGCUUCUGCCAUGAAGAAACCACAUGCCCUUUGGCUUUAUAUCCAGAUGGGAUGGUUGUCAGGAGUAUUCCAACGAUAUCAAGUGGUUCGAUGGUGAACACCAGUUAUCCUGUAAAUUGCCAUACAAGCAAUGCGUGUUAUAAGAACCCGUGUAAAAACGGAGGAACCUGCAUGGAGGAUCGCGUAGGAUCGCAUCGUUGUCGGUGCUUGCUUGGCUAUGACGGAAGAACGUGUGAUUCCUUCGUCCAGAUCCUUACCAAUACUUUGGAUCAGAAACGAGUUAUUUUCGCCAAUGUUACAGACCUAUCCUUCUCGAGUCUCUACUCUUUUGACAACGUCACAAUUGAAUACCUUGCCUACGACAGCAUUGGCGAAACACUUUAUUUCUCGAGCGAAAUAGGAUACGAGCUCUUCGAGAUAAGGGUCGCCGUCGGAUACAACGAAUCUAGAAUUGUCUUUGGGGAUUUGGAGUAUCUUGAUGAAAUUGUGAUUUAUUCGAAAGAGCGUAUCCUCUACUUCGUUGAGGGUAUAUGGCUUAAGUGGAUAAAGCUACAGUAUCUUCAGUCACAUUCUGAAAAUUACGCUGAACUCAAAUCUUUCAAAAUACCAUUCUAUCCUAUCCGGAUGUUUGUGAUAGACGAAGAAAGAGAAUUCAUGUACUUCAUAAGCAGACGUGAAAUUUAUCGUACAAACAUGGAAGGCAGUGGAUAUAUAGUUAUCACGGAAAUGGAGUUACCCCUUCAUGCUAUUAAUGGAUUUACUAUAGACCAAGAUAAGCGACUCUACUUCGCAUCAACCAUCUUUAACGGGGACAUUUACACCUACGACCUCGAGAGGGGUAACGGUGUGAAUCUUCUAGGGCACUUUAGGAAGAUGGGGGCCAUGAGCCUGGUGUAUACAUCUGGAUGGUUGCUUUGGAGGGACUGGAGGAGGCUGACUGUCUGCCUUACACCACUCUUCGAAGAAGGAGGGGGAAAGGGAAACACAACUUGUAAGCCAACGCAAUCGAUGAAUAAGGAAGAUAUGCGCAAUAUUCACCAGGAUUCCCAAAAGGGUAUGGUACUGCGAAAAGUAAAAAUCGUUUGACCAAUUUCAUCCGGUGGUAGAUCCGCAUAUGUAUUAUAACUUCACUAAAAAAAUAUUUAUCAGAUAUUGGUGAAUCAGCGGUUUGUAAUUAGAGGAGGCGCAGUGAGCGGAUUCGAAAAUUGAAAUAAUUUUCUUUAGAUUUAGAUAAAUGAAUAUAUCCAUGUAUGUUCAGUGGGUAUUUCUCGAUAUGCAGAAAAGAAGGGCGUUUGUCCCUUUCAUCUCCGCCUGGAUAUAAAUUGUCACUGAACAGAAACCUAAAAUAAAGAUAAUUUCAUUUUAUCCUAUUCAAAUAAUUAUAAGUAUCUAGAUGGAUAAUAUUCGGAUACCAAUAUUAAUGUAUUGUUGCGGUAUUAUAUAGAAACAGUUAUAUGACAUUUUGCCUCACAACAUUAACUGCAAAUGAUUUUCCUCAUCAAAUAUCCGUCCAUUAUCGCGUGUAUAUAUUGGCAAGAUUAUGAAUAAAACUGUUAAUUAAUUUUAAUGAGAAUUUAUAAUUAUUCAACCCCGAAAAAUGCCAUGCGGCCGAAAUGGGAUUGCGACCCGGUAAAUAUUAAAGACACGUCGACAUGUAUGUGCGUAUAUUCAAUACCGUUGUAAAACUUCACCGCACUAUAUCUUUUGAUCGUAAGAUUUUGAGCUAUCAUUAUUAUUCAUCAGGAAGAUAUAUACAUGAUGCUUCAUAUGCAGCAGUACAAUAAUUUAUUAUCCAUUAAAUUUGAAUGUGAAAAUGUAUUUUCAUACGGAUCUAUUCAUGUUAG